UUGUGACCCUUCAUUGUCCCCACGAAAACCUGUCCAGACCAGACCCACCUCUGACUGUAGCAGGUGUGGUGGGCGGGGCUUCAGGGCCUGCGAGUCCAGACUCAGGGCAGGAAAUCCCAGCUGGUCAUCCAGGUUAAUAAAUACAUUUCCGUGUCUCUGCUCCAGCUGCAGCAGGUUGAACAGUAACUUUGUUUUGUGGGAGACUCUUCCUCAUGGUCCAGGAAACCCGCAGGGCUUCGCGUCCAGACUCACUUGAAAACGCAUCUAAGUUGUCUUAAAGAUAAAAGUUGGAAAUGGACCGAUACGGAUACGUUAUUUAUUACCGGAGGAACCUGUUGGUGCUGGGAGUUCUCCAGGUGGCCUGCUCCGGUCUGUGCGUCGUCUGCGGGGUCAUAGACGCGGGUUUCCGGAAGGACACCCCGCUGAGCAGCACGAGGACGCCGCUGUGGGGAGGACUGGUCCUGGCCUGUCCGGGGGUUCUGGCUCUUUUUGCCUCUCAGAGGAAAAACUCGGUGCUGAUGAGGUUGAUGGUGGUGGCUGCAGGCCUUUCCUGCGCAGCUGCAGUCGUCAUCGCCAGUUACUCCAGUCUGACCCUCACCUACGGGGAGGAGGACCAGCACAUCGUCCAGCACCAAAGUUCUCAAGUGAUGUUUGUCAUUCACUGGAUGGUGAAGGGAGUCAACGCCGCCAUCCUCCUGAGCUGCACCGUUAGCUUAGCUGUCUCCUCUCUCAUCGCCUUAAUGGGAUGCAGGAGUCUCCUCUGCUGUGGUUUCCAUGACGCCAGAAUUGGACUGGAGACUCUGCUUCCUCACAGUGAUCCUGGGGACAUUGAGAUGGUGUGCAGUCUGCAAGCAGGAGGCGAUGGUGAGCUGUUCCUCUCUCUGGCUCCGUCAGUCAUCGGAAGCACAACUGAGGAAGAGGAGGACCCCUCCAGGCUGCCUCCUUACGCCAGGCUGAGCUGAUGAGACAACCAGAACUCCUUCAGGUCUCGUCUGUCGUUCAGUCUGGAAACAGCUGGAUCAUCAAACUGAAGCAGUGAGGUCCUGAAAACCACCUUUAAAGAUUUACCACGUCCAUCGUUUCUUUGUCCUCGUCCUCCCAGUGAGUCCAUCGUCUCUGUCCCUCGUCCUCCCAGCGAGUCCAUCGUCUC